AUUUGAUAAUGCUAAAUGUAGCAAAACUGCGCAGGAUUUUAGAACGUGCGACAUUUUACAAACGGCGCCCCAUAAUUUAGUCAGUUACACCUGCUCUGUUAGCCUAGCUGUAGCUAGCCAGCAGCCUAGUAUGUGCUCCAACUCUCAGUUUGUUAAUGAAUGGAGUCGAAAUGUAACAUUGCAAAUGUUGAAAACGUGCAGACGCGUCUUUACCGUUAUUUGUGCUAACUAGAUCACAAAGGUUUCUGAAGAAAGUAUCCACCCUCAUCUUUGCGUUUACUUUAUAUGCAGUUUCUCUCAAUGUCAAUUUGUGGCCAGUCAAUAAAUAGCAAUAAAAAGACUGUGUUCCGCUUUGCCCGGCUUUUGAGCGAUCCAGUGAUGUUGUAAUGACGCCUACGUGCUUGUGUGUUGCCUCCCUUGUUUGUGGUACUCGGACUGUGCGCGCCCUCCCUUUUGCCUCUCUGCAGAUGUACGUGACGCUGGUGUUCAAAACCAAGGGUACGCGGCUGACCAAGCCCACCAUCAGCCUCACCCUGCUCUGCCUGGCCAUGCUGGUAGGCGUGGUGAGGGUGGCCGAGUACCGCAACCACUGGGCCGACGUCCUGGCCGGAUUUUUCACGGGGGGAGCCAUCGCUGUGUUUUUGGUGACCUGCGUGAUCAACAACUUCCAGCAGAUUCUGCCGAAUCUUCCUCCUCCGCGGCCCCAGCGCCCCGAGUCCGUGCUGGGCAUGCCGAUGGUGACGCUGCCCUGUGUGGAGAGUCCACUCGAAAAGUUAAGUGGCCCUCAGCAUCCCGCACUCUCCUCCUCGCCGCCUUACAACGCCUACCAACCAUUCUAACCAACCUUGAACUCUUUUAUCCACCUCGCCAUCGCCCCUCCACACUACCUUUGUCAUCUGUCGUCUUAUUUCUGUUUCCUGCUCUGUUUUCGCCCGUGCCCCCUCCCGGCCCCCCGGCCCGUUACCCACCUCCCCCUCCUCAUCAAGCGCAUCGCCCUUGAUUAUUUUUUUCUUCACUUUUCUCCUUCUGCCCCAUCCUUCCUUCUCUCUCCUCUCUUUCCCCUGCAGACUCCGCGGGGAUCUCCGUUCACCGAGAUCACAUGACCAUCAGCCCUAUCGGUUCCCCGCCACCCCCGAUGUCCUCAUAGCGUCUCGCUCCAUUUCCAGCGAAGUCUAGACCAGUCGGAGCAGCACUCGCCGCACUGCGCCGCCCACCCGGCCGGGCGGUACGCGACGCUGCACCGCUCCUAUUCCACGCAGGUCUAGACCUCCCCCUCCAUCCAGCUCACACACACACACACAUUCACAUCGCCCUGCCGCCCUUUUAAACUCCCGGGGAACCGAUAGGAAAGACUUCUCUCUCUCUCUCUGCUGGACAUUCAGUACAGAGUUUAUGCCUACUUUUCUUUGUGAAAAAGACUUUUUGUAUGAACUCGUCGUGUGACUCUGCUGUCUGCGGUCAGGAUGGGACGUGUCGGACCAAACAAACCUACUGAAGGACGCGUGUGCUGCUGAGAUUUACCCUUCAAAACAUCCUCUCAGCAAGACACACAGGAACACACUCGCACAGCAGUGUGAGCAGUGCUCCGUACGCGAUUCACACAGAUCAAAGAAUCCAUUUCAUGUCUCUCAGCAGAAGCACCUGACAAUAGCAAACAGGAUGAAAGUACAGCUAAAAACCUCUAUUUGCUAUUUCCCUUUUUUUCGUUUUAGAUGGUUGCAGCUUUGCCAAAAAAAGGUAAAAGAAACCUGAUGGGAAAUGCAAACACAUUUGAUAAGACAAAGCCAAGCUCCCGAUUGCAGGAUGGCAUUAAAGAGCAUCACAUUUUUGUUUUGUAUUCUUCUGAGGAGCUUUAAACAAAAAAAACACCUCCUGCAACGCCACAACACAUUUGGCUCUUGGUUUUAUUUCCCCCCUCGCACGGCAUCAAUCACCCUGAACUGGACUUUUUGUUGUGACUAUUGUGAUCAAUUUUAUUAACAGAUUUAUUUAUUGGCGUGUACAUACUGUGUGGUUGCAGUGAGCGCUCCAUGUGGCGUAACAGUUUUGCUGACCUUGAUUUUGCACACUUCCUUCAAUCCAAGUGUUUUUUUUCUAGUUUUUUUGUAUUUUUUUUUAUUCCCCCUUUUGCCAACACAUCUUUUUUUAAAACCUCUGUUUAGCACCUUCUCCUGGUGGUAUGUGACUAUGAAACCAUCGCUGUGCUGUGAAAUGUUUCCCUCUGCUGGACGACACACACACAUACACACCUACACGAACACACACACACACUCAACACUAGUACAGCAUCACUAAGCACAAUUCAAACACCUUCACAACACGUGGUUGUUGCUGAACGUCCCCAUCCCAUCAAUAACAUUUCUUAUUCUGAAACCUGUUUGUAUGAUAUUGUACAUAAAUCUUUUCGUAUUGAGAGUGGGAUUUUUACACAAGCAUCACCAACACUGAGUCUGGGGAUUUUGGGGGGUUUACGUAUUGCGAUGACAGAGGACUGUGUGUGUGCGACUCAAAUCCUUUAGUUUAUCAGUGUUCGUGAGGUUGUGAACUCAAAGCCCUUUUCAUUGUCACGUGAGCACAAACGGUGGACGUGAACACCUUUUCACGUCUUAUCCUAACAGCAGUGCGACAUGUUGAAGCAGCACUUAGUUUAUAUCCAGCGAUUCGACCAAGAAAAGUAUCUGUUUCUUUAUCUGAUAAAUAAAAGUGUGUUAUGAGCCGCUGCUAUUUCUGUCCCGAGCAGUCUUGGGACAGCGUGAGUGCAUUCUCCUUUAAUGUCGGGCCCAAAACUAAAGCACUGUGUUUCCACGGUUACAGCUUGCAUGUGACGUGAAUAACAAACCCAACGUUUCUAUUUAUUUAACUGUACUAUUUUUCACUCAAAGUCUCUCAAAGCCCCAUGUCAAUGAGGCCAAAUGGAUUGCAGCAUGACGUCCCUUUGUGGCAUCACCCCCCCCCCCACACACACACACACACACACACACUUUCCCUUUUGCUUUCCAGCCCUCGGUAUUCCGAUGAAGCAAAAAUGCCUUAACAACAAUCCCAAUGAAAGUCACCGGAUCAUUAAGUACGUUACAUUGACAGCUUACAGAUGUGUGUCCGACUGGGCGAGGCCUCAGGAGAGCAGAGGUGGCAUCAGAUGCCAAAACGGACAAAAGGAUUCUAAUUGUGUUCAGGUUGCAAUAACGUUCCUCCCGCAGGCUUUCCUUUCCUCUGAAGUUUGCCGGGACUCGUGUUUUACAUCAAAGAACAAACGCGCUGCGGUUGACUGACGUGAGAUAAAAAGAGAAGUUAAAAGCACCAGACUCCUUUCGGAUCUGCGACUCUGAGGGAGAAACACGUUUCCUUUGAUCCUGUUGCAGCAAACCCUUUUUGUUUUGUAAAGAUUUGUGUUGCGAGAACAAUAAAUGGAUACUGCAAUAAGAAACGCUA